UCCUCAUUCGUUUUCAGUUUGUCGCUGCGCUAUUCUUUGGUUGUGUUAACUUUUGAUGAAACAAGUAUUAAACCGAACCUAGUUCCGUAUUAAUAGUUAAUUUAUUUUUUAAGUUUUUGUUUUGUUACUAGUAUUUUAGGGGGAAAACGACACUUCUCAAUAUAAUUAAUAUAGGACAGGAUAGAUAUCUCGCGACACAAUGAUAAAUAGUGGUAUAUAAAUAAUAACCAAAAAGGUACUGUUAUUAUAACAGUACCUAUUUUCUAACUAAUUUGUGGCAGCUAUACUCAAAGUUAGCGAACUGUUCGUCAAUUUCUACCAAUAAUUGAUCAGGUUGAGGUCGAGUGAAGCCGAUUCAAGAUGGCGGAAGCGCACUCAGCGGUCGCGUUCUCUUUCGCAAUUACCCACGACGGAUGGGAUGUCAACUUUGAUCGGGAGGUGCUCUAUUUGGUGUGGGAGUCUGGCCUCAGGUCCUGGAAGAAACGAUUGGCACGAUUCAGGAACAGUGUAAGCAAUGGCGUGUACCCGGGCCAUCUUCAAUCCCUCUACGUCUUAUGGGCGUUGCUUGUGGCAACACAUUUUGGCGGUUUUAAUAUACCUUUUGGACUAGUACAAAAAGCAUUGACCGUUUUGCCCGGGACAUCUACGAUGUGGCAAGUCAUAGCUUGCUUAUUGGCAGCUCUCACAAUGUGGUUAUCAGUAAUAUUCCUGAUGCGAUAUCUGCUUAAAGUUUUACUCAUGUACAAGGGCUGGAUGUAUGAAUCUCGAGCUCCCGGUGCAAGGAUCUCGUUUAAAACAAUGCUAUGGGUUAGUGUGGUCAAAGUUCUGUCAGGCUGGAAUAAACCUAGGCUGUAUAGCUUCCAGGGAUCCCUGCCGAGACUUCCUUUGCCAUCCGUUAAAGAUACUAUGACAAGGUACCUUAAUAGUGUGCGUCCGUUAUUAGAUGAUGAAAAUUACCAACGAGUUCAGAGACUUUCUAAAGAAUUCGAAGAGACAAUAGCAGUUAAAUUACAGAGAUACCUUGUUUUAAAAUCAUGGUGGUCAAGUAACUAUGUUUCUGAUUGGUGGGAGGAAUAUGUGUAUUUACGUGGUCGUUCCCCUUUGAUGGUUAACUCCAACUUCUAUGGAACGGAUGCUAUAUUACUCAGACCAACAACAAACCAGGCAGCGAGAGCCGGAGCUAUAAUACACUUCUGCCUGCAGUUCAGAAGAUUGAUAGAAAGACAGGAAUUGGAACCGAUAAUGCUUCAAAAUAUGGUACCGUUGUGCUCUUGGCAGUAUGAACGUUUAUUCAAUACGGUGCGCGUUCCCGGAGUAGAGACGGACAAGUUGGUCCACUAUCAGGACUCCACUCACGUCACGGUGUACCACAAGGGACGUUAUUUCAAACUCAUGGUCUACUCAAGAGGACGACUACUCACACCUGUGGAAAUACAACGUCAAAUCGAACUAGUCCUCAAUGAUAAAUCGGAGCCUAUGAUAGGAGAAGAGCGGGUUGCAGCAUUAACUGCCGGGGAGAGGUCGCACUGGGCACAUAUACGACAAACAUGGUUCAAUAGAGGACACAACCGCACUUCACUACACUGUAUUGAAAGGGCCGCAUUUAAUGUAUGCCUUGAUGAUAAAGCGUAUGGAUACGAUGAGAAGGAUCCUAGCAAGUUGGAUGAAUAUUGCCGCAUACUAUUGCACGGCCAGGGACAUGAUCGUUGGUUCGACAAGUCUUUUAACCUCUGCUUCAGCAAGAAUGGCUUUGUUGGAUUCAAUGCUGAACACACUUGGGCGGAUGCACCCGUAAUGGGUCACCUCUGGGAAUAUGUUAUUUGGUCGGAAUUACAGAAUGGUUAUACGGCGGAUGGUAACACACAUGGUAUUAUAGAAACAGCUCCGCCGCCACCAAUCAGAUUGCAAUGGGACUUAAACAAAGAAGAAUUGAUGAAAGGAAUCGACAUAUCUUACAACAUUGCCCAGAAUUUACUCAAUGAUGUCGACUUACGUAUAUUAACUUACACCCAAUACGGAAAAGGUUUCAUGAAGAGUUGUCGCGUGUCUCCGGACGCGUUCAUACAAUUACUAUUGCAGCUCUCAUACUAUAGGGAUGCGGGUCGUUUCUGUCUCACAUAUGAAGCAUCAAUGACACGCUUGUUCCGCGAAGGACGGACAGAGACGGUGCGAUCCUGUACCGUUGAGAGCACCGCCUGGGUCCGAGCUAUGGAAGACCCUAAUGCAACCGUUGAAGAACGUAUGCAGUUGUUUGUGAAGGCGAGCAAACGUCAUCAACUGGGUUACCAAGAUGCAAUGGCUGGUAGAGGCAUUGACCGUCACCUUUUCUGCCUUUACGUCGUCUCCAAAUACUUGGAACUAGAAUCGCCUUUCCUUCAAGAGGUCUUCAAUGAACCGUGGCGAUUGUCCACCAGUCAAACGCCACACGGUCAAACGAGCAUGUUGGAUAUGAAGAAGUAUCCGAAAUGUGUGAGCGCCGGCGGGGGCUUUGGUCCUGUUGCGGAUGACGGCUACGGCGUUUCAUACAUCAUUGUUGGUGAAGAUACUAUCUUCUUCCACGUGUCCAGCAAGAAAAGUUGCCCAAUCACGAGCUCAAGCAACUUUGUGAAACAAGUAGAAAGAUCGCUAAAAGAUAUAAAGGAGCUGUUCACCGAUUUUAAGAAACUUAAGCAUCACGAAUAGUAUCACAAAUAGUGAAUCUCCAUUGUUAUAAUACAUGUUUAACGACAAUAUUGCUAUCCUUGUUACUCACUCUAACAAAUGUUCGUAAACAUGUUAAUACAAUUGAUAUUCACGGAAACGUCGCAUACGCUUUAGCAUAGAUAAUGCAAUUUUUUUCUUGUUGUUGUAAUUUUUAGUUUAUGAAACUUUUUUUAGAAUCUAAGCUUUGAAUUCGAUCACUAAUUAUAUCCAUCUAUUAUUUUUUUUACACUAUGUAGUAUAUAGCUAUCCUAUUAACAAUU